AUGCUUCAACAUUUUCUCAAUUUAAUGCAAAUGGUGGAAGAUGCCAAUGAUACUUCUGAACUACGAUAUAUGGAUUCUACAACGAAUACUCCAACUAACAAUAAAUCAAACAAACCAUUAGAUCCCAAAUUGACGGAAAUGAUACUCGAACUAUAUCAAAUGACUGGAAGGAUUCUCAAUUAUAUUAGUGCAUGCAAUUGGUCUACUUAUUAUUCCAAGAUUAAGAUGGCUGUCCAAAAUAUGGGUGGCUCUAGUGAAAUUUCUGACAAACAUUUUGCUCAAUUACGCCUAUUUGAAUUUGCUCAUCUUGACAAACAGAAACUCCAUCUGGUAUUUACUGAAAUGAGUCCAAAUUUUUUACAUAUGAGAUCGGAAGGAAAAUUAUUAUUUGCUACUAUGCUACGGAAAGCCAUUUGGCGAUGGAUGGAAACUUAUCCUGAUGAAUUUAGACAAGUGUGUGCAAGUGAAAAUCGAUUAUUGGCUGGUUCCGAAAUCCUUUUUGAUCUAUGUAGUUCUUCAGCAGAUACAUUACGGAAGAAAGCGGCUUUUUGGCCUUUACAAACUGUACUUUUGGUAUUGGCUCCAGAUCUUUUAUUACAAGCCUUUUUAGAUAAUCCUUCAUCGAAAAAUCGCAGGACAAGUUUUUUGGGAACAUUACGACAAUCAUUACGAAGUGCUCGAACGGCAGAGAUUGCUGUCACUUGUUAUGUCGAUUUGUACAAAGCUGCAAUAUAUGUACCACCAACUGAAGAAUCAGUUCUACGGCAUAUUACAACUGAUAUCGAAGAUGAACUUAGUGAACAAAUUUGGAGCAUCACUAAAGCUAUCUCUCAAGACACCAGCAUUGGUCAUCAAUCUGAUCAUCUUCAAUUACUUACCGAUUAUCUACUAACUCGAUUACAAAUGAUAGCUAACGAUGAUCUUGACACAUUUAUUUCGACUUUCUUCAAUGAUACUGUACCCCCAAUUGCUGAACGAGCUUUAGUAAAGGCUUGUCUUCGUUUGGUUCAAGACCCUCUUUCUCUUCCCUGGAACGCAAGCGCAGUCUCUAUUUAUUCUCCUCUUUCUUCCCAUUUUGUCAAAUUGCUUAUCGAAAAUGCUGCUGCUGGUGAUUCCCAAGCUCGCACGACGGCAGUCGAUUCUAUGGUAUCCAAUCCGAAAACGAUCAAGAUGGGCGUAUCUCGAUCCUCAUGCUCCAUUUCUCUAUUGUUGGAUCUACUUCAGUUAUUUACUUUGGCUCCUUUUGUUCCUUUUGCAAGUGAUGAUCAAGAAAAUGCAGAACAAUUUGGAAUGCUUUUGGUGGGAGUAGCGAAUUUAUGUCAACAUAAUGACAGUAACAUACGACGAUCAGCUUCUGAAUGUUUACUUCGCUUGCAUAGUCAAGAUGGCAUGGUCACUUGGGGUUCUCCUCCUCAUUUGAUGAAUAACUUUUGGCGCAUCUCAUCACAAGUCAUAUUUUGUUUGGCUCGACAUAUACUGGACACGAAACAAACGGAAGAAAGUAUUCGAUCGUCGAUGGAUAUAUUGAUCUCUCUAAUGAAAUCUAGGCGUGACUUUUUGGAAAUGAAUCUUGAUUAUGCUAGUAUUGGAAUGGAUAACAAGGAAAGACUCAAAGCAUCGGUAGCUCUGGAGAUUGCUUGUCUUAUUUCAUUGUGCUCAACUACGCCAGAUAUAUGUUCCACUGCUCUUCACUGUUUGUCUGGACUUUGCAAAGAAAUCGCCAUUGCCGAGGAUGACUGUAAUCCACAACAAAUCACUCUUCGUACCAACCUGAUGAUUUAUACUGAUCUUGUGGAACAAAACGACUCUUCUAUUGUAUUUGGACGCAAGGCUCAACAAAAACGCGUAAGAAAGUAUCUACGAAUGAUGACUCAUCCAACACCUGGAAUCAUGGCGGCAUGGGAAGAAGGUUGGAUCCGAUGGAAAAUGUUGACUCAAGUGAUUUAUCGAUUUGGAGAAGAUGUCUUUGAUGAUAGUAACAGUGAUCCUACUACAGCCGGAGGAAGCAACAAAAAAGCAGUUUUAGGACGGCAUGAUAAAGUACGAGCAACAGCAUCAAAAUCAGCAGCCCCUGUUAGUCGAUUGGAGGUGGAUGAAGAAAAACAGACAUUGUGGCAAAAUUAUACUGGAUUCUUGGCCGCUUUGGGUGGAUGUUGUUUGAAAGCUAAUAAUCAAAAUUCUCUUUCACAUAUGUCUAUAUCCGGACGAACAACUAUGACGAAUAGAAGCAGUAAUGAGAAUGACUCAACUUCCGUAAAUACAACGUCAACAAAAGGUCAACCUCAACAAGUGCACAGUGAACCAGCGGCUAUGGUGGAAAAAUUCAUUGGCGAAAUGAUUGAACUCUUGACCGCAGAUAAUGUGGUGGUACGUGAAGGAACAAAGGACGCUCUAGGUAAUGAUUUAGCACCUUCAUUAUAUGCUAUACUUUCUCGACAUUUGGAAGACGUAAUGUCUCGUAGUUUCAACUCGGAUGGGGAUCCUAUUUGUACACCUGGUAAAUCACUGUUUGUGGAACAAGCUAUGUCUAUUUUGAAGUUAAUCUUGGACCGAUUGGUGGGCGAUUUACAAUAUUUGAUCAAUAUCGAUUUUGGGUCUCUUGUAUCUUAUUUUUCUACAUAUAUUAAUGGACUUCGACCUGGAUAUGCAACAACGCGAAUGAAAAUCAAUCUUUGUCAUCUGGUGGAAGCUACUAUUUUGAAAAAGGAUCAAAUUAUCAUUGGAAAUGAAACCUGUUUGAGAAAUCGGCUUUUGGAAACUUUUAUGGAAUGGACAAGUGAUUUUACAAUGCAAUCAACAACCAAACCAUCUACAUCUCCCACUAUCUUAUCAAAUACUCAAGAUGAAAGAAUACACCGUGAUCUAGAUUUAGUCUGUAUAAAGACAAUGGCUGCAAUAUCACAUCAAUUACCCCUGCAAAUUUUAUCUGGUGGUGGUCAUGAAAAAGACACCUUACAGUUGAAAUCUCGUUUGUUUUACAAGUAUAUCACCUUCUUCACCAAAACAUCCGACAUCAACCCUGAUCUAAUUACUCUCAAGGAAACCACCAUUAUCGCCGUUUCUAAUCUUCUUAGCGCUAACGUUGGCAUUGGAUUGAAACAUACAUUGAGUUUGGGUGCUUACCAUGAUGAUCCGCUUAUACGUACAGCUUUUAUUCAAGUCUUAACAAAUAUAUUAUACCAAGGCACUGAAUUCGACUCACUCGCGGAAUUAUCUACUACAGAACGAUAUGAAAAAUUGGUUGAGCUACUAUUUGAAUCUGAUAUGGAAAUUGCCUUGUCAUUAUGUCAUGUUUGUCCAACUACUGACACUGCCGAUGUCGCCAAACUCUUACUGCGUUGCUGCAAAUCCAGAAACAAAACGAUGACACUAUUGGAAUAUGUUAUUAACAAGGAGGUUAAAACAACAGAUGUUGAAACUGAACUAUUUCGAAGCACAACUAUGGCAACUCAAUUACUUUCAGCCGCAGUAGCAAGUAGCUGUCAAGUCUAUGUACAAGAAACACUCUAUCCUGCUUUGAUGGCCAUCAACCGUUUACCAGAAAAUGAGCUUACUUGGGAACUCAAUCCUGAGAAGCUAUCUUCAAAUGAAACCAUAAGUGGCAAUCAACAUAAUGUUAUCCGUGUGGCUGAUAUUCUACUGACAGCUAUUUGCUCUUCAACAUAUGCGGUACCUCUGGAAUUUCGUCAACAAUUGUCAAUGAUUGUGGAAGCUGUACGAAGAAAAUAUCCAGAAUCAAAAUACACUGUGGUUGGUGGAUUUGUAUUCCUUCGUUUGUUUUGUGUGGCAACUUUGGCUCCUGAAAAAUACAACUUCCCCGCUGAAGCUAUCCCCAGACAUCGCAAUACCCGAAAACUCAUUCUUCAAGCGAAUCGUGUGAUACAAAACCUGUCAAGCAAUGUUUUAUUUGGAGCGAAAGAUUCUCAUUUGGUUGUCCUGAAUGACUUUUUGACGGCAAAAAUUUAUGAAGUGACGACAUUUUUACGUGAUAUCUCUCAGGUAUCAGGUAUCUCUAUUCACAAUGACGAUUUCAACGAUGACAAGGAUACCGAUUCCCAGGAUAACUCCGUCCAAGCAUUGGAUCAAAAGGUAUAUGAUCAGUUACACCGAUGUUUGUACGACAAUUUGGAUCGCAUCUCAAGAGAUUUAUCGGGCCGACGUACGAGAUCUAAUAGUGGAUACAACAUAUCAACACGCCAAUCAGGACAAUGGAAAAGUACUCUCGACAAGCUUACAAAGUUAUUAGCUGAACUUGGUCGACCUGUUGUUGUUUCUGAUCAAGAUGAUUCUAGCUAUUCGAAAAACAUCAAUAUCGCAACCACCAAUAAUCACGAUUUCUUUGAAUUUAUGCACCGGAACAGUCAUCGUGAUAUAUCUUCUAUCAAAUCUCUCAAUGCUAUCUAUCAAGGUGGUGUAUCACGUGCUGGGAAUCCUGUCUUUUAUGUGAUUGCUCAUCUUAUUACACCAGAUGUAGAUUUUGAAUUACUGAUAUUCCACUUGCUCACGAUCAUGGAACCUUCAUUGAACAAACCUUUUGAUAUUGUUUUUGAUACAACACGAAUGAGUCCAGUCAACGAGAUUCCGGUCCAUUGGAUGAACACCUUAUUCCAGCUUAUAUUCCAUGAAAUCAAUGAAAAUUUGGUUAACCUUCAUAUCUUCAAUCCAAACAGUCAUCUUCAACGCUAUAUUAGGAAAAUCCCUCUGAAGAUCACCAACCGAUUAUUGAAGAAGACUCGUUUUGCUAUUACUGUAGCACAAUUACAUGAAAUCAUUGCACCAUCUGAAGUCCAUCUUCCAAAAUCUUCUGUGGAGCUCGAAAAGGAACUUAGUACAGCGUUUUAUCCAGUAUCAAAGAUUAUUACGAUGAAUAUCCGAAUUCCUGUGGUUGUACGUGUAGGUCAAGAACAUCUUCAAGUAAUUACGGUUCGUGAACAAGAAAUAUUCUUUAGUCUCAAUACCAAACUUAAUGAUGUAUAUCAUAUAUCUGACAUUGAUGAAGUCUACUCUUUACCUACUUCCAAAACUGCUGGUGGUGGUGGUGGAGAACUAGUGAUUAAACAUGAUGGAGGAAAAUCAUUGACUGCUUUUUCAAGUACAAAACGGGAUGCUCUUGUUGAAUUAUUCCUUCAAAAUAAAAAGAGAUAUGAAGCUACUCGACAUGGUGGAAUUUACGAUAGGACAAUUAAACCAAGUGAUGUUCCUGGACGACUCUUGAACAUGGCUUUACUCAAUAUUGGCAACGAUGAUCCAAAUUUAAGACUGGCAGCUUACAAUUUAUUAUAUUCUUUGAAUUCAUUUUUCCGGUUUGAUACUGGGAAUCAACUCUUGCAGGCAAAAGAUCUUUGUAUUCCAGCAAACAACACUGAUUUUAUCGUUUCAAUCAGCAAAAGUUUGGCCGUGACGGAAACACAUCUUACAUUUGAAUUCAUACAAGAAUGCGUAGAUGGUUUCAAAAAAUCAAACCAGAAACUUCGGAUUUUGUGCUUGGAUUACCUGUCUCCUUGGUUGAAGAACUUGGCGUUGUUUUGUCGUGGUAGUGAUCGCGACUCUGGAUUGAAAAAAGUCAAAGAUUUAUUACGACUGUUGAUCGAUUUGACAUUGGAUCGACCAGAGACUUACAAACAUGUACAGGCAAAAGUAUGGGGUACACUUACUGAAGUAGAUGAAUUGAUCAACCCGGUGCUGGACAUUUUGAUUCAAUUCUCAAUUGAAAAGGGUGUUGCCUCUCCUGAAGCUGAAGCAAUGGGUGAUACUUUGGUGACUAUGGCAAGCGUUCCUGUCAGAGGAAAAAUCAUCAACCGAUUACGAAGGGCAAUUCAACAUUCUGCUACAAGACCUUUCCGAAAUUUAGUGGAAUGCCCAUCCUGGACAGAAAUUGCAGUACUUUUACGAUUCUUAUUGAUGUUAUCCUUCAAUAUAUCUACACCUAUGACUCCUUACUUGCCUGAAAUAUUUCACAUUGUUACUUUACUGGUUUGUACUGGAUCGACUUUGAUUUGUACCACUGUGCAUGAACUAGUUGUCAACAUUAUACAUACAUUAUGCACCAAUCACAAUCUACCGGAAGAAAAUCGUACCAAACUUCGAUACUUGUUGGAUGAAGUAUGUGAUGGCGACGCACGACAUCAUUUUGGGCUUUUGAAAACAAAGGUCAAUGCAUUUACAAUCACUCAAGACUCUACAGCAUUGACUUUUGAUACUAUCAAUUUGGCAUCCUUGGAAAAUAUUGUACGACUUUUAUUGGAGGUAAUGACUGCUGGUGGUCUUACAACAGAUAUCUCCAAUGCAUGGCGUGCUCGAUGGGUGGGACUUGUUGCUAGUACUGCAUUCCAGUUUAAUCCGGCCAUUCAACCCAGAUCAUUUGUUGUCCUUGGCUGUCUUGCUCAAGAAGAAGUAGAUGAUGACUUGAUGUAUCAAAUUUUAGUGGCGAUGCGUGGUGCUCUUGCGAUCUUCAACGAUACGGAACCAAGUUUGAUCACCAGUAUUAUGAUGUGUCUUAGUAAUAUUAUUGAUAGUCUACCAGACGAUUCCCAGUAUCUACUUCCUAUGUUUUGGCUGGCCAUUGCAUUGGUACAAAUGGGUCAUCCAGCGACUUUUUCCACGGCGACUCGAUUCUUACAAGCUGUUUUACGUGCACUGGAUACAAGAAAAUUAUUUGCCCAACGAUCAGUGACUGAUGUGAUGCUGGACAUUCGACAACCAUUUGCUGAUGUUGCCUUGGAACUGGACAAGGAAACUGGUGUCUCUUUUACUACCAACUUUUCAUUUGCCGUGGCUGGUAUCUUAUUGAAGGGGGUUAAACAUAGCGAACCUCGUGAUUUGGUAUUCCAAUGUCUUACAACCUUUUUAGAGAUUGAAUGCAAGCAUUCGAUGGAACAAAAUAUGGUGGAAGCUGGAGCAUUGGGCUACUUUGCUGGACUAUUACCUUUUGCAGCGCAAGAUGGUGCUUUACGUGAACUCCUUCGAUUGGCUGGGAUCGAUGAUAUUGAUUUGGAUGCUUUGGAAUUUGGUUCAGCUUAUGUUCGAUUAUUUGAUACUUUAGAAAUUCCCAAUAAUACUACUGCUCUCCUUUUGGUGUCUACUCUGAUGAAUAUACUCAAUACUUCGGAAACUGAUUUGGAACGGAUCUUUUUAUAUUCCUUUUUGUCUGAAGCGGCCAUCGCAGUCCCUGAAGUCUUCUCAUUGAUAUAUGAAGCGUUAUUACCAAAAAUGAACCAAAUCAUGAUUAGUAGUCAAAACCAUGCCAUGUUGGAUGCUGUUAAGAAUUUGCUGAUGAAUGCAUGUAUGGAACCUAUCAUUUCGAAUCCUACCAACCGAAGAAGUCAACGCUCUUACCUAGAUGAACUUGGAUUUUCUGCCUUGAGUGAGCCUGGAUUUGGUUCAAGCACUACUAACUACUUGGUCCAUUCUAAAUUGGCAAGCAAAUUGUUAGAUAUUAUCACCUCCUAA